AUGGAUAAGCCGUUGAGUGCUGGUGACUUUGCAGCCAUGGAGGACCAGCUGAAGGCCUGCGUGGAGGAAGACAGGCAGUACUGGAGGGUCAAUGAUGUCAAAUGCGACGCUAUACACACUGCUAAAACUUACGAGGAGUUCGCGGAUCGCGUGGCUGCGGCUCAUUUGCAACCUUUAGACCAGAGAGACUUCAAGAAGAAAUACAACCGCAAAUGGAACCAGUACGCUACUGAAGAGAAAAAACCUACCGAAUAA